AUGAAGGCCAUCAUUCUCGUCGGAGGGUUUGGUACCCGUCUGAGGCCUCUUACCCUCACAUACCCCAAGCCGCUCGUUGAGUUCGCCAACAAGCCCAUGAUCCAGCACCAGAUCGAGGCUCUCGCCGCUGCUGGUGUCACCGAUGUUGUCCUCGCCGUCAACUACCGCCCAGAGAUCAUGGCGGAGGCCCUGAAGGAGUACGAGAAGCAGUACAACAUAAAGAUCACAUUCUCGGUCGAGACGGAGCCUCUCGGCACCGCCGGUCCCCUCAAGCUCGCUGAGGCCAUCCUCGGUAAGGACGACUCGCCGUUCUUCGUCCUAAAUGCCGACGUUACCUGCGAAUACCCCUUCGCCCAGCUCGCCCAGUUCCACAAGCAGCACGGCGACGAGGGCACAAUAGUUGUCACAAAGGUCGAGGAGCCAUCCAAGUACGGUGUCGUUGUCCACAAGCCCAGCCACCCCUCGAGAAUCGACCGUUUCGUCGAGAAGCCUGUUGAAUUCGUUGGCAACCGCAUCAACGCCGGUAUCUAUAUUCUCAACCCCAGCGUCCUUCAGCGCAUCGAGCUCCGCCCCACCUCCAUUGAGCAGGAGACCUUCCCCGCCAUCUGUAAGGACGGCGGUCUGCACUCGUUCGACCUCGAGGGCUUCUGGAUGGAUGUUGGACAGCCCAAGGACUUUCUCUCUGGAACAUGUCUGUACCUGUCUUCGCUGCAGCGCAAGAACCCCAAGCUCCUUGUCUCGCUCAACGAGCCUUACGUGUACGGCGGUAACGUCAUGAUCGACGAGACCGCAAAGAUUGGCAAGAACUGCCGCAUUGGUCCCAACGUCACAAUUGGCCCCAAUGUUGUCAUUGGCGAUGGUGUCCGUCUCCAGCGCUGUGUGCUGCUGAAGAACAGUCGCGUCAAGGACCACGCUUGGGUCAAGUCGACCAUCGUUGGCUGGAACAGCACCGUCGGCAAAUGGGCCCGUCUUGAGAACGUCACUGUUCUUGGUGACGAUGUCUCCAUUGGCGAUGAGGUCUACGUCAACGGCGGAUCCGUCCUACCUCACAAGUCCAUCAAGCAGAACGUCGACACUCCUUCGAUCAUCAUGUAA